UACCAACCGAAGAAUGACGAAAGACGACACGUUUCGACUGGAUGGGUUCCAAUAAUGCUCCGGCGUGCAAUCUCGGGCGUGAAAAUCGACGAUAUGGGAAUCAGUUAGCACGAAAACGAAAAUAUUAAACCAGCCUUUUUUCCUUUCUUCACCUCGCAGAAUCGAGAAGCGGAUAAGCACGGAGGGCAAGUUGCAAGAGGGCGAGGAUGAGUCUCAGCCUGACGAAGCUCUUCUCGAAGAAGAGGAGCGGUCCCGCCGCGGACACCGUGGCCGCGGAGAUCGGCCUGCCUACCAACGUCUCGCACAAGUUCCACGUGAGCAAGAACGCGGAGACCGGUCAGCUGGAGGGUCUGCCGGAUCCGUGGAUACGUUUGCUGAACACGCAGAUCUCCAAGUCGGAGCAGGACGAGCACCCGGAUGCCGCGCUCCAGGCGAUCAAGUUCUACAAUUAUUCGAUCAAGCGUAAGCCGCAGGAUCAGGAGGUCUUCAAGCCCUUCGUCACGCAGGACUUGAUCGAGGAGGAGUCGCAGGCGAUCGACAACAUCCUUACGAAGAACAAGUAUCGCUCGGACACCUCGGACGACGACGACUCGAUCCCGGAGAGAGUCUCCAGGGAGUCCUCGCGAAGAUUACCAGAGUUGCCGCCAAAAGUCAACAAACCUCCGAAACCGCCGCCGAAACCGGCGCCUCGCAAAUGCAACGAUCGAGUUGAGAAGACCCUCACGGAGAUCUUGGAGGAUCUGAGCGUGUACCAGAUCGAUGACGACUUGUCUCCGGAGAAGGACGUGAGCUCGAGCAUAGUCGAGGAGAGUCCUGUCCUGCGUAGGAAGACCGAGUGCAUCGGAGCGAGACGAAGCGACGAACAGGUGUACGAGGAGCUCAGGACCAUCUGUCAAAGCGGGGAUCCCUACUUGCGCUUUCAGAGAAUCAAGGAGGUGGGCGUCGGUGCUUCGGGCACGGUGUUUAUAGCUACCGAUCUUCAACACGAGCGGAAAGUAGCCAUCAAGGAUAUAGAUUUGUCCAAGCAGCCGAAGAAGGAAUUGAUACUGACCGAGAUCCAAAUUCUCAAGGAGUUUCAUCAUCCGAACUUGGUGAACUUCCUCGACGCCUAUCUCGUCGACGAGCACCUUUGGGUAGUUAUGGAGUUGCUGGAAGGUGGACCGCUCACAGAUGUGGUCACCGAGACUGUGAUGAAGGAGGUUCAAAUUGCAGCGGUUUGCAGAGAGGUUCUCAAGGCGAUAAGCUUCCUGCAUACCAGAGGUAUCAUCCACAGGGAUAUUAAAUCGGACAAUGUGCUGUUGGGAAUGGACGGUGCUGUGAAAGUUACAGACUUUGGCUUUUGUGCUAACAUCGAUGGCGAUGAGAAACGACAGACUAUGGUCGGCACUCCGUACUGGAUGGCACCAGAAGUUGUCACGAGAAAACAGUACGGCAAGAAAGUGGAUAUCUGGUCACUAGGUAUAAUGGCUAUCGAAAUGAUAGAAGGGGAACCACCUUACAUGAAGGAAACACCAUUGAGAGCGUUGUAUUUGAUUGCUGCCAUCGGUAAACCAUCCAUUCCAAGAUGGGAUAAUCUCAGUCCAAUGUUUCAAAAUUUUCUAGAGAGGUGUCUCGCAGUUGAAGUCGAUGAGAGAGCAACUGCCGACCAAUUACUUUCUCAUCCAUUCCUAGAAAACUGUGCGGAGUUGUCUACGCUCACUCCAUUGAUUCGUGCAGCACAGAAAAUUCUUCAGAAAGCGUUCCAUUAAGUAUUUCUAUAGAAUUCAAACUUGUCGCACUCAUAAUACUGCCUCAUGCUCCAUCCCUGUUUGUAUAUUAGAUCAAAGGCUAAAAAGAAAGUAUUUUAUGAUUGUUAUUCGAUUUUAAUCAUUGAUUUUAAGCUUAUUUGACUGCCGUCAUUUUUACUCUGCUGUACUAAUUUGUGAAACUAAAGCAUAUAGUGCACUUUUGACAGUCAUUUUAAUAAGUCAUUAUUUUUUUCGAAAAAGAAUCUAAUAAGUUAUUCUUCACUUUUAUUACUUAAUUACAUUAUAAUUAUUGCAAAAUAGUAUGUGGAUAGAUUUAUUUUCAAUUUUUAUUUUUAAAAUAAGAGUCGUCUAUCUUGUUAUGUGCAAUAUACACAAUUUAUUACAAUUUAAGGUUUUAUUCGGAUAUUUUCGCUCAAUAUAAUGUACUAUAUUACAAAUUCAAUAUUAUCAAAACAAUAAUAGCAAUAUUCUAGUUGCAAAUAAUUGUGAAUAGAAUACAAAUUUUUACAUCUUUGUAGACAUGAGUGAAAUAUAUACAUUUAAAAUAUUGUAUUUUUAGCAUCGAUUGCAUGAUGUUUCAGAAUUUUAUAAUUUUCUUUCUUAAAACUGUACUUAUAGAUCAUUGUGGAAACAGAAAUACUAAAAAGAUAUAUGUAACAAGGAAGACAAUAUUAGAAACAGUUAUAUUAUCUCUGUUGUCAGAGCAAAUAAAAUAUUAAACUUUAGCCUUGCUUUUGUAAAAAAAAGCAAAAAUGAAAACAAACUUUCGUUAUCAUUUAUAUGGAGAAAUCAUUAUUCAUUGUGUAUGAAAUUACAUUAACAAAAAUUCCGAGUGUGGAACUGAGCAACGUUGUUUAAUAUUAUGAGACAAAUAAUGUCUAAAAAGUAUUAUGAAUUGAAUGUGACACAACAAGCAUUGUACAAUGUACUCUUGUAAGAUUGAGAUACAUAAUUUUGUAAGAUUUUACCUCUACUUUUAUAACAUAUAUUCUUUUUGAAAACUUUUAUAUGUGUAAGAGCGCAAUAUUGCUCAACCAAAUAUUGUAUUCAUAUAGCUGUUUUAUAAUCGAUAUGUAUAUAAAUUAAUGUUCUACAAAAAUUUUUGUAAUACAAUGGAUACGUAAAUGAUAGGACUACUCUAAAGAAUGAAUGUAUAGAUAUUUAAGACAAAAAAUUCGAGCAGUAAUAUCAAGUAUACAUAAAAUCACACGACUGUGAUAAGCAGGAAAGUUAAGUUAUACUAUACUAUACUUUUUGUGCUCUACAACACAAAUACCGUAAAAAUUAUGUUAUGAAAAAUUAUCAUAUGCUGAAAAUAUCAAAUUGUAAGACAACAGUUUAAGGUACAAUUGCUAAAUGUUAUAUAAUAUGAUCGGCCAAACACACUGUUUGCGAACUGUGGAGUUAAAAAAUAACAUGUGCUGAUAAGCAAAUAUAUUUAAAUAGUAUUAUAAUCGUUUGCACGAUUUUCAAUAAGGAAUACA